AUGUUAGUUGAUAUUUUGACUGCGUCAAUUCUAGUGUUGACGAUCAAUGUUAUUCCGUGUGUGCAUAGUUUUGGCCAUAGUUAUGUUAUCAAGAAAGAUUGGCUUAGCGGUGCUUUAUCACGCGAAUUUUCCGUCUACGACAAAACUGAAAAGGUACUAAAAUAUCGCAUUGAGUCUCGAUUUGCUUUUCGACACAAUAAUAAAAUAGUGGCUUACCCUUCGAAACAAGUCCUUGGCAAAUUAAAUGGCCGAUGGUCAUUGAGAGGAUAUGUAGGUGAUAUUUCGUUUUUGGAUCAGUCAACCAAUCGAUGGAUCGAUGGAAAUAUUACAGAAAUAUCAAAUUGGCGAAUGCGUGAAUUUAUGAUUAAUUGGAAUGGGACGAAUAUAAAUCUGAAAGGUCAAGUUGAUCUUCUACCUAAACAAUUUUAUGAAAAGGGCAGAGGCGAAUUGUUAGCUCAAUACAAAAUACGAUCGGCGUCAAGAUUGUGGGCUGCAAGAUACGAUAUGGACAUAUUUUCUAUUAAAUAUCCCGAAUCGUUGUAUCUUCUCGGAUUAGCUGUCGAAGAGUUGAGAUCAUCACCACCGAAAGGCUAG